UCCAUCAUGGAGGCAGGCCGCUUUACGAAACUGGGUCCAAGCGCCAGCUCUCCAUCCUUAUUUCAUGACGCUCGACUUCCUUCUCCUCCCCAAUCUCCCUUCCCGCCCACCAUGCACCCUAACUCAACUCCUCCUCAACGGUCCCCUAUAUACGACGAUGAAGACGCUAGUGAACUAGGACCUUCUGUGUCGCGUCGAUUGUCUGAUUCAAAGCGAAAGGUUUCUCCCGCAAACCCAGACCAACCAUCUCUUACGACCAAGAAACCGCGGAUUUACUCGCUUGAGGAUGAUCAGCGGCGCAAGACUAUUGCGGACCAAGCCUCACGCAUCACAACCCUUGAAGGGCGUCUCUCCAAAUACGAAUCUGAGCUCUCAAAUCUAAGAACUUGCCUCAAGGCACAAUUGGACAGGGUAGAAGAGCAAGAAACACUUAUACGUCAACUCGAAGAAGAUAAUGAAGGAAAGGAUCUGGUCAUAUGCGAGACAGAACAACAACUAGCAGAAAGCAGGAGCAGGACUGAAACUGCUGAGCAGAAAGCCAGAGGGCUUGAAGAGCACACCGUCCAGCUUAAAGCUGAGUACAAAACAUUUUCUAUCAAUGCUAAACAACAUUACCGUGCCAGAAUUGAUUACUGGAAAGCCCAAUGCAGUGCUCUCAAGUCUUCUUCAGACGACGCAAGUCCGUUAACCCCACCUGACGAAGACGGUCUCUAA